AUGACUAUCAAAGUGGCCAUUAUUGGUGCUGGCCCCGGAGGCUUGGCCACGUUGAAGACGCUAUUAGCAGCGUCAACCUCAGCAAAUCCAAUCGAAGCAUGCUUGUUUGAAGCAGAAGAUGGCAUCGGGGGCACAUUUCAUUACCGCUCCUAUGAAAAUGCAGACUUGGUGAGUAGCAAGCAGCUCACCACUUUCUCGGAUCAUCGCUUGCCUCUCGACACCCCAGACCAUAUAUCUCUGCCAGAAUAUGUCGAUUAUCUCCGGUCGUAUGUGACCCGCUUUGAACUGGGCCCAUUCAUCAAGCUCCAUUGCCCCGUACUCAACGUCUCUCCGCUCCAUGGUGACCCCGGCUGGACGCAUCGAGUUCGUUAUCUCGACCGCAGCCGUCCUGGACAAGAACAAGAACAGGAGCAUGUAUUCGACUGUUCGCAUAUCGCAGUUUGUACCGGGUUGCAUGUCCAGCCCAACAUUGCUUCCAUUCCAGGAAUUGAGAAUGUCCAAGGAGAUGUGUUCCAUUCUGCCCUUUACAAAGGCCGGGAUCAAGUGGCCGGUCGCCGAGUUCUCAUCUUAGGGUGUGGCGAGACCGCGAUGGACAUCGCAUACGAAUCCAUCAAGGCCAACGCAGAGUCGGUCACCAUGUGUUUUCGUACGGGCUUUCUCUCUUUCCCCAAGCAGCUCAGUCGAUUCCAGGUGCUUGGGAGAACUUUCAGUGGAGGCCUUCCCAUCGAUGGCCUGAUCACGAAUCUAUUUGAGACCGCAUACGUGCAUCGAGCAGUGGCUCACAGCCGGCUGCGCUGGUUUAUCUCCGACUUUGUCAUUAAACGGGUGCUGUGGUUUCUGACAGGAACCCAGGCCGGGAUGAACCAGCAUAUCGGGGCGCUGCCCAAGGAGCGGCUGGGAAGAGCCUAUGUGUUCCUCAACAAGAGCAACAAAGCAAUGCCAUAUCUCAACCGCCCCUACCAAAAGCAUAAUCCGUUCCUUGCCUGGAUUGGGAACCGAUAUAUCGACCCACCAGAAGACGCCAACUCGGAACGAGCGGUUGAUACAUGCACUUGGCCGCAGUCCAUCGACAACACGGGAAAAGUACUCUUUCAGCCGAAUCCAAGCCGCAAGGAUUGGCAAAGACUGAGAAACAAAGACAUCCGACCAAACUGUGUUGUCUACUGUACUGGCUACCGGCAAACAUUCCCCUACCUCGAUACCUCAUAUCCUACUGCAUCCGACGCCACGAUCCGGAAUAUCAUCCAUCCAUCUCACUCGGAUAUUGCGUUUAUUGGGUUCGUUCGGCCAGGUGUGGGAGCGAUUCCUCCGAUUGCUGAACAGCAAGCAAUGUGGUGGACGGCCCUCAUCACAGGCCGCAUGGCCAUCCCCCGCGAUCCUCCACAUUAUCAUCUACUUGCUGCCCAAAGCUCUCGUAUUCAGUAUGGCGUCGAUCAUAGCGCUUAUAUGAGUACCCUUGCCCGGGACUUUGGCGGGGCCCCGGGGUUGGUUGAGCUGUAUCGCCGACAUGGGUUGCGCAUUCUUUUGACUUAUUGUUUUGGCGCAGCAUUUGUGACUUUCUAUCGGCUGGUCGGUCCAUUUGAGGCCUCUGUCGCCCCCGAAAUCACUCGAACUGAGCUCGCUGAGACCAUCCUUCGUCGGGGUAUCAUCGGUAAUCUUUUCUUUGGUAUCGUGCCCAUGCUGUUUUAUGGCCUGGUCAAUUUCGGGGCGUUUUGUCUGGAUCUUAUUGGGUUGAUUCCUGCUGAGCCAAGUGUUGUGUGA